AUGGGGGCUCUGAAGAAUGUCUUGGAGCCGCUUGCCAUUGCCUCUUUACUCACGUUAGGUGCCUGGAUCAAUAGAACUGUCUGUCCUCGCUUUGAUGUUGAAGACCCUGUUCGGACACCAUUUCUGCGUCACGAACCCACGGAAGGAUCCUGGGAUGACGGAGAUGUGUCUACGGAAGAAGCCGCGUUUAAGGCACACCGGCGCAAAUCACGACUCAAUAUUCCAUCACGUGUGCUGAAAAAGUUUCCCUUCAUUUUGGAGAUUUGGUACUGGCUUUUGAUCUAUUGGGUCUACCAAGGCGCCCGUGCCGUCUCAGCACGCCUCAUCGACGGCAAUGAAGCUACUUUUGCCAAGGCAGAGAAACACGCGAUCCAGCUCCUUCAUCUCGAGCACAUUCUCAAAAUCGAUAUCGAGCUCACCCUUCAGCAAUUCAUCCUCACCCAAGCCCCCCGGGUAAUGCGCGUGCUUGCGAUCAUUUACUACUCUCACAUCGUCGUCGGGGUCGCAUUCUACGUCUACAGCUACACGUCAUUUCCACGCCGCCGAUAUGAAGCGAUCCGACGCUCCCUGGCACUGAUGAACAUCUUUGCCUUUUUCAUCGUGACUCUUUGGCGAUGCACGCCUCCACGUCUGCUUCCUAAGGAAUUUGGAUUUGACGAUGUGCUCCACAAGAGUACGGCAGGAUCCGCCUGGACGCACAAUAAGUUCCAAUUGACCAUCGCUGCGAUGCCGUCGCUCCAUUUCGGAGCGUCGGUCUUCCUUGCGUGUUGCACUGUGGCGUUCAGUCCGCACACGAUGCUUCGGUUGAUCGCGCCGGUUUGGCCCAUGAUGAUGGGGUUGACGGUGGUUGCGACAGCAAAUCAUUUUGUUCUUGACAUGGUGGUCGGCGUUGCGGUCGUCGCGAGUGCGUAUGGGUUAAAUCGGGUGAUGUUGGUUCUGUUGCCGGUCGAGAAGGUCUUCCUCCGCUGCCUUCGGUUGGAGAAGCCUCGGUAG